AUGAAUCUCCCUUCUCAGAUUGGUGGAUUUCAACCACCACCAUUCACCCCUACUCGAAUAUCUUCUCCAUCCUCUUCAGUCCUAUCAUCACCGACGUCCACGGAAGCUUGGAUACCUAUAAUAUCUUCACCUUGUUAUUUCCCUUUAUCUGUAUUCUUGUCCACGCUGAAGACAUUAAGUAUACAUCCUGAACGAAAUGCCAAUUUAAUCCUAAGAGCUGAUCCGCUUCCUUCUUCAACCCCAUCUACCUCGUCUAUAUCAUACGAUCAUGUCCAGAACCUACAUCAACGAGAGGAAAUUAUGGAAUUGAUAGAGCAAAUGAGAGUCAGAAUACUACCUCGUCAACCUAGAAGAGAUAACAAGAUUGAUCAAACCAUCCUAUUUUAUCGGUCCAAGGUGAUUUCAGAGGAGGAGGAGAAUAUACAGAUAUCUGGAGAUGGUGAUGGUAAUGGUAAUGAAGAUGCAGCAAAUAGUAUGGAGAAACAUAUUGGAAUAGUAAUUAUAAUACCUGAAGUCAAUAAUCAAGAUGAAAUACCAUAUUAUCACCCAAAGAUCAAGAAAUUAGCUUAUCAUUAUGAAUCAAUAUCAAGUAAAAGUAAAGUUGAUGAUGAUGUUGUCAAACCUAGUACAGUGAAAGAAGACCAAGGUGAAGAAGGUAAAGAGAGAGAUGAUCAAAUCCAAGGUAUCAUAUCAAUACAUUAUGUCCCGUUUCCGGAUGAUAGUGGUCAAUCGAGUGAUCAUGUCAAUGGCUCUGGAGUAGGAGUGGGAAUUGGCAUUGAUGCGUUAUCCAUCGAUAACGGACCAUCUUCUUCAAAUUUGUCAUCACCACCACCGAUUCUAAAUCCAAUACCAAACUCCGGUUCUGGUUCAAAUGCAACGUCAGAAUCACCUGAUCCAGAUACAAGCACGUUAUCACCAAGACCGAUAAAACCACGACGUCGUUCUCCUUUAGCUGGACCUUCAAUUGAUGAUACUUCUACUGAAAGUAAAGAUAUCAAGCCCCCAGCUACGAUCAUUUCCCCUUCAUCUGAACUUCAGACCGAAUCAACGAAUCCACAUCCAAAAUCUCUCACCACGAUGAAUAGGAACAAUAAUAAGAAAAGUAAAGUAUUCAUAAAGAAUGAAGGUGAAGAGAGAUUAUAUAGAACGUGUUUGGCUUUAUUAGAAACUUUACAUAAACAUGGUUAUGGACAAUUUGUUGGAUAUCAAAAGAGAAGAGUACAUGAUGUAAUCGUGCCAAGAGACAACUUCCAAGAUUUAUACCUCACACUCAAAGAUAGACAUAGACAUCUAGAUUCAAGAGCACCUAAACAAGGUGGGUUAAUAAGUAAAUUGGAAGAUGUCAAAAGACAUGUAUGGAAGGGCAUAUCCAACCCAGAUGAUCCUUUGAUACCAACAAAUGUUGAUUUAUCCGAAUGGGGUGAACAGGAUAUUGCCAUAGCCGCUUUCUUGAUGUUACUUUGGAAAGAUAUGUAUCCUCCACUAUCACCUCCAUCAAAUACGACAGAUCAAGAAGAAGAAAGGGAAUGGGAUACUUGGGGUAGACCAGAAGGCGGUUUCAUAGAUUUAGGCUGCGGAAACGGUCUUCUGGUACAUAUACUUAUAGCGGAGGGAUACCAUGGGAAAGGGUAUGAACUGAGAACUAGACGUACAUGGCCUUUGUAUCCCCGAAAAACACAAGAUGCUCUAAUUGAGUUACCUAUAGAUCCCCCUUCGUGGUUCCCUAAUACCAUUCAAGAGUGGGAAUCAGGUCAAUGGGCAGGCAAAGAGAAAAGCGUCAUUGAAAAACACACUUUCUUGAUAGGCAAUCAUGCCGAUGAACUGACUCCAUGGUUACCGCUUCUAUCGCUCAUUCCGACAGAUCCAGUCCCAUAUCUAUCCUUACCAUGCUGUCUGCAUACGCUAGAUGCAUCUUUCGAUAGUUUACAAUUCGUUGCGCCAGAACAUCCUCAUACGCCUGAAGGUGGUUUCGAAAAUGGUCUGGAACCUGGUAUAAGUAGAUAUCAGUCUUAUCUAGUUUGGUUGGGGUGGUAUGGGUUGAAAUGUGGUUGGCAUUGGGAAAAAGAAGGAUUGAGAGUACCUUCCACUAAAGGAUGGGGUAUCGUAGCGAGAAAAAGGUGGACGACAUCGUCAGAAGAUAGGGAAUGUAGAGAAUGGGUAUUGGAACAAGUCAAUCAAGUAAGACGUAAAGGUGCUUUUAAAGUUCGUGAGAAGGAAGGGAAAGAUCACAUGUAG